AUGGCUAAUUUCACGACAAGUGGGUUUCUCCUCAUAGGGUUUUCUCCCAAGCCUGACUUACAAAUCUUCUAUGCUUCUCUGUUCUUGGUCUUAUACUUGUUGGCGUUAGCUGGCAACAUGAUCAUCAUCACCAUCACUUCCCUGGAUGACAGUCUCCAGUCCCCCAUGUAUUUCUUCCUGAAGCAUCUCUCCUUUCUGGAUAUCUGCUAUAUUUCUGUGACUGUUCCAAGAUUCAUUUACAACUCUUUCUUGCAUAGAGGAAACAUUUCCUUCUGGGAAUGCGUUCUUCAGUGCUUUAUCUUCAACCUCUGUGCUGUUGCUGAGACGGCCAUGCUCACGCUUAUGUCCUAUGACCGCUAUGUGGCCAUCUGCCUUCCCCUGCGCUAUGACGUCAUCAUGAACAUCAGAACCUGUGUCCAUGGGAUCAUCGGCGUCUGGGUCAGUGGGACCAUCUGUGGAGUCAUACAUACGGUAGCUACUUUCUCCAUCCACUUCUGUGGUCCCCCUAUCAUUCACCAGUUCUUCUGUGAUGUUCCCCAGAUCCUAAAACUCUCCUGUUCUAAUGACUACAUCUAUGAGCUUGGUUUCUCUGACUUCAUGACUUUGGCGGCAUUUUUCUGUGUCAUCUUCAUAGGAUACUCUUACGUGCACAUAUUUUCUUCUGUACUGAGGAUGCCAUCUGCAAAGGGCAGAGCUAAGGUCUUUUCCACCUGUCUUCCCCACCUAGUUGUUGUCUUAUUAUUUAUUUCUACAUGUGCCUUUGAGUACUUAAAAUCUCAUUCAGAUACUCCGACUGUAUCUGACAUUUUGCUCACUAUAAUGUAUACAGUAGUUCCACCAUCUUUCAAUCCAAUAAUAUACAGCCUGAGAAACAAAGCUGUAAAGUUAUCAGUAAGAAAGAUUUUUUUUUCUCUUAAAUUUAGUGGAACUCUGAAUCCUAAGCUUACAGAAUUUGGGCUGUACUGCAUCCAUGCAGGACCUGUGAUUUGCAACCAACAUCCUUAA